AUGGCGGAAGAGAAGCAGCGGCGGAGCCCCGCAGGGGUGGCGACGGAAGCGGCUCCUCCGCCGGCGACGCCGCUGUCCGUCGGAGAGGCGCCACCGAGGAAGCCUCACUUCCCCAACCCGCCGGAUCCCUUCAAUCCCGAUCCGGCGACCCUGCGGGACCAGUGGCGGUACGCCAUCCGGCAGUACAGCCGGUGGUACUCCCAGGCCUGGGGCACCGCCAUCCUCGCCGGCGUCUCCUUCUUCGCCCUCGGUUGGUUCAUCAAGGGGUCCAACCCGCUACCUUCCAGGGCUCGCGACGGCGACGAGGACUCCGGGGAUUCGUCGUCGCUGGUGGCCACCGGCCAAUGA